AUGUCUAUCCUCCGUUGGCUGAUCCUGGCGGUUGUAGUUUACUUUGCGCACAACGCGUAUCAACGCAUUCAGUUCUCGCGCAAGAAGGCAGAGUUCAUUCGUGAUCGCAGACGAGCGGCGGGCAUUCCAGACGACGACAAUCGACCGUUCGCGAUAGCUCGAGCAGAUGCACUUUCUCGUCGAUCACAACAGAGGCGGGGAGAACUGCUUUGCACACCGGUCAAGAAGCGGUCCUCUGGGAUGACACCAUCAAGAUCACAUGCGAGCAUCGAUCAAGAAGCCGCUGCGCGCCUGUCAGGUAUUCCUGGGACGUUGCCCGGAUACCUCAAAGAUACUCUCACAAGCAGUGCCGUGUCUACAUCUACGCAGAGCAGCCGAUACAGGCCAGCGCAGCACAGAUCUUCUAAUCCUUUACGCAGUCCAUCUCCCGUCAAACAAAGCGUUGAUGAAAGGAGCUCGUCUCAAAGAGAGCUCAAAUCACCAACAAUCAGGAGGCAGAGUCCGGCAAAGGACUCUCACAAAGCGCAAGAAAGACCGAGUAAUCGACGAAGGCUCAAACGGAGCCAUUCGGCUUCGCCAUCAAACUCUGAAAUCUCGGAACAAGAUACUGUCGCUUCAGAUAGCAACAAAGUGUCCAAAGUAUCGAUUCCCGGUACUUUCGGUGCAGAACAAAGUCUCACAGAUGAGGAGAUGUCUGAUGCCGCUUCAACAGCCACAGGCUCCGAUGCAGAGGGUAUGGACGAAGACGAGAACGAGAACGCAGAGGUGAAAGCACACUCUCAGCGUCCAAACGGAGGCAAUACCAAGGCUCGCAGUGACGACCUGCAAUCACUCCAGAAUGCAGCACGUUCGACAGCGAAGAAGCGCGAAGCGGACGAGCUGGACCUCUCAGACACCGAACAAAGCAUCGACACAAGCGACGAUGAGGAGCACGCACUACCCCAACCUCACAGCUCGAAGAGAUCGCGAACCGUCAACAAGGAUGUGGAUCCUAGUUCCUCUCUCGAUUUCGAAAUCGCACUACCCGAGGAGGCGAUGAUCGAUUUCGUCCCCGUUCACGAUCCACCUUCAUCACAGUCAAAGUCAAGGCAAGGCAAACGACAGGCUGACACUUCGGACGACCGGCAACCUGGCGAAGAGUGGGUCGACUUCGAGGGUCUGCGCUGGCGCAUACACCCCGAGACGCAUGAGCUGCAGCGUGGGAGCGAUGUACUUGAAUGGCGGUCCAAGUAUCGGAUGCCACGCGACUCUCUACACCCAAUGGCGAAAGAAUCGCAUCAGGUUGUGGUGCACAAAUGGCUGACGAAGGAAGAGUGGGAGGAUGCGAAAGCAAAGAAGCUGCUAUCCUUCCAAGAGCCAGAGAGGCUGGCCGAAAAGGAAAGGUUAGACAAGGAAGAAGCCGAGAAGAUGCGUCGAAAGCAGGAGCUGUUGGCCAAGAUCCGUCAGACGUCGUCACCCAACAAGCGUAUCCAGUCGUUUCUUGUACAGCAGCAAAAGCGUCAGUUGCAGCACAAGCUAUCUCGCAGCGAGCUGAGCGGUGAUGUUUCGAUGAACUCGUACGCGCCCAGCGAGGCAGAUGGAGAUGCAGCAAGUAUGUCGAUCGACUCGUCUUCCAUGACGAUGGGAAGCGAAGCAUCGACACCUAACAAGCCAAGGUCGAGGAGAAUCUCGUUGCAAAACAGGAUGACCCCCGCCAGGGGACUUGACGGGAUAGCUCGAGGAGGGUCUGUCGGCCCGGAUGGAGGCUCGGUAUCUGGAGGAUCCUCACCUUCGGGCAGUCCGAAACGUCGAGUUGGAAGUCCACUUGCUUCACCGUAUCGAGCAAUCCAAUAUUCGAAGUCGAAGAAGGGUACACCUGCCAACUCAUCACCUUUGGUCACGUCAACGUUUCCGCCUCCGUAG